AUGAUGAGUUGGCGAAAGGUCAUUCGGCCCUUCAGGGACCCGUCUCGCAAUAAGUGGGCGCUCACUGCGGACGAGGUGCCCUGGUCCGACUUUCCAACCUACUUCUCUGGGAGGGCCUAUCUGGUGGGCAUGAAUGUAAUCCAUGACCUGGUGAUUGCCGCUGCCUACACCCGAUGGCUUUGGGUGGAUGACGUCUACCUGGGUUUUGUGCUCACCAAACUACCCUACACCCCCGAGGCACUGAGGGGUUUCUACACGGAGUUUACAAAUCAACAGAAGGCCCUUGUAUACCAUUCGCCCACCAGCGUGACGUUCAGGGAUAUUCUCGAUAGCUUAUACCAGUUAAGAAAUAGUCUUAAUAUCUAA